GUACGUGCAGCUCCAAGUUGAGUCGCCAAGUAAAGUCACCUGCCUUCAUCAUGUUGGGUCGUUCCGUCGCUCGCGCCGCCGCCGUGUCCCGCGCCUUGCCUCUGUCCGUGGCCGCUGCGCCCUUGUCUACCCAGUCGGAUGCGAUCGCGAAGACGAGCUUCAAGGACCUGUUCUCCACGGAGGCUAACGCCAAGAACUCUGUCGAAUACGUGGUCGCCAAGGUUGACGACUUGGUCAACUGGGGUCGUCGCAGCUCUCUAUGGCCCAUGACCUUUGGUCUUGCGUGCUGCGCCGUGGAAAUGAUGCACACCGCUGGUUCCCGCUACGAUAUGGAACGCUUUGGGAUGGUGUUUCGUGCGUCCCCACGUCAAUCGGACGUCAUGAUCGUCGCCGGCACGUUGACCAACAAGAUGGCCCCCGCGCUUCGCCGUGUGUACGAUCAAAUGCCCGAGCCUCGUUACGUGUUGUCCAUGGGAUCUUGUGCGAAUGGCGGCGGGUACUAUCACUACUCGUACGCGGUGGUGCGCGGCGUCGACCGCAUUGUCCCUGUCGACAUCUACGUCCCCGGGUGCCCUCCGACCGCAGAAGCGUUCUUGUAUGCCAUGCUGCAGCUUCAAAAGAAGAUCAAGGGCAACAAGGGACUGUUGCUCAAGUUGCGCAAGUAAAUACUCUCACACACACAUGUUUGGCAUCAAUAUGACCUUGUUGUGUUCAACCCUACUGUCCUUAAGUACCCCAGGCUUCAUCUAUCACGCCAUGUGAACCUACUACCGACACUGCUUUUUGGUGUAAAUGUAUAUA